CCUUGUUGAUAAUGCAGAACAGCUCCCCUUCUUUUUCACCCACAUCUCAACUUUAUCCAAACAACCUUAUACAAGACUGUUUCUCUUAUUAUCCUCAUCUCCUUUUUUCUCAGCACAUUCUCUCAUGGGAAAAAUCUGGGUGGAAAUAUGCCUCAUAUCUGCUCGUGGGCUCAGGCGAACUUCUUCACUGUGGAAGCUCCAAUGGUUUGCAGUUGGGUGGAUUGAUCCAAACAACAGGUACUGCACAAAGAUUGAUGCGUCGGGGAAUGCAAACCCAGUAUGGAAAACCAAGUUUGCAGUCUCAGUGGAUGACUCAGAAUCAAACCUCAACGAUCUAGUUCUUCAUGUUGAAGUUUACAGUAGGGAACCAAUAUUCCUCAGAGAGAAACUUCAGGGUUCAGCAACUAUUCUUUUAAAAGAAUUUCUGGCUAAGCAUGACAAGAAUUCUGAGGCUUCAGCAAGGCCUGGAACUGAAGAGGUGGGGAGCUACCAGUUGCGCAAAAAUAGUUCUAACAAGCCUCAAGGAUUUGUUGAUGUUUCAAUACGUAUUUCUGAGGAUAGAGAAGAGCCAUAUUCUUACCUUGGCAAUGAAGGAGGACAUGCUAAUGACGGCAAUUCUAUUACCUUGGCUACUGGGGAUGGUCCUGCAAAAACCUUCCCCACUGAGAUCCCCUUAGCUCCAUUCCAUAGACCAGAAUAUCAAGCGCGUGCUAAUUACCCUUACACACAUCCCAUUCCAUUCCCCACAAACUACACCAACCUGCCUGCAGCUCGACCAAGCUACCCACCGGCAAGUGGACCAAGUUAUCAGCCCCCUAGAACUCCACCACCCCCUCCACCGCCUUCUAAUGUCGGUUACAUACCCACUUUCCUGCCGAGGCCAGACCGUAUGCCAGAGACCUAUAUAAACAUGCCAUCAUCAUCAUCAUCUGGGGCACCUCCCGGCCGUGGUGGAGCACCUGGUUUUGCAAUGGGAAUGGGUGCUGGAGCUCUGGCAGCGGGUGCUGUGAUCUUCGGUGACAACUUCAUGUCAGGGUUUCAUGUUCCUUCUGGUUUUAAUGACCCCACUCUUGUUAUAUCAACUGAUCCUCCUUUCUGAUUUAUAUCGCAAGAGAGAUUCUGUAACUAUGUACUAUUAAUGCAGCAGUAAAGUGAACUGAAUUUGGUU